AGAACACAAGUCAAAAAGUGAACAUUUUUAAAGUGAUUAAAUUCAAUAAAAUAAAUGAUCCCCAAGAUUUUUUUAAUAUUUAUCUUCAAAGACAUACUUCCAUAUAAAAUUAAAAAAAUAGUAAUGCAUGGAUUCACCAUAAACUGUAUUUUUACCCAAAAGUAAAUAUAUUAAAAUCCUUACACAAUACUUAAGGGUGCUCCAACUGAAUUAUAAGAUAAUUUGAUAUUUGGAUUUCCCUCAUCUCCAAAGAUAUUUAGUAUCUCAACCAGAGUUUUUAAGUUAAUUUUAAAUAUGAUAUCUUGAUUUGAAUUUAUAUUAUAAUCAGUAAAUACCGAACUAGGAAUGUAAACUGAAGUUUCGAUACAUUUCAUUUCAUCUAAAGUUAAUUUCAAACCUUCUUCCAUAGGCCUUAAGAUUACAUGCUAAAACAAGAAUAGUUAAAGGGUACCAGACUUUAAAAAAAGUAACUUACAUCCUUAAUAGCUAUAGCUCUCAAUACAUUAUGAAUUAUUCGAAAAUCUGUUAUUUCUGCAAAAAACAACAUUAAUUACAAUUUACAAAUAAACUUGUUUAUGUUUACACAAAAAACUGUUGACUCGUGCACAGAACACUUGACUCAUGAUGUUAAACUGUUUACAUUCUUCAUAAUAGGUUCAACGAUCUAGUUUCCAGUUUCCAUAUCAAGAAGAGGCCAAUCUUUGACAAUAAUUAAACUCUAGACCAAUAUAUUAGAGGAAAUAAACCCAUAUAAAAGAAGAAAGAAUUACUUUUGAUCUCCUUUUUUCUUUUUAAAAGAAAAGAGAAAAACAAUAAUUUGCGCUUGCGUACAAGUCUAUUAAAAAUUUAGAAAUUUGUGAACCUUCUGCGCAUUUCAAACAAACAAGCCGAAGGAAGCGGAGAUGCGAAGAAAACCGCCGUAAACGUCAGUCAGCGAUAGCCAUCAAAAUGGCUGCGACAGAUAGUAAAGCUCCUCUUCGAACUGUUAAAAGAGUGCAAUUUGGGAUACUUAGCCCAGAUGAAAUUCGACGAAUGUCAGUUACAGAAGGGGGCAUCCGCUUUCCAGAAACCAUGGAAGCUGGUCGCCCCAAAUUGUGUGGACUUAUGGACCCACGACAGGGUGUCAUAGACAGAAGUUCUAGGUGUCAGACUUGUGCUGGGAACAUGACUGAGUGUCCAGGUCAUUUUGGACACAUAGAUUUAGCAAAACCUGUUUUUCACGUAGGGUUUGUCACUAAAACCAUCAAGAUUUUGAGAUGCGUUUGUUUCUUCUGCAGUAAAUUAUUAGUCAGUCCGAACAAUCCAAAAAUUAAAGAAGUGGUCAUGAAAUCCAAAGGACAACCUCGAAAACGACUUACCUUUGUGUAUGAUCUAUGCAAAGGUAAAAAUAUUUGUGAAGGUGGAGAUGAGAUGGAUGUUGGUAAAGAAGGAGAUGAAAAUAAAAAAGCUGGACAUGGUGGAUGUGGUAGAUUCCAGCCUAAUAUCAGGCGAGCGGGUUUGGAUUUGACAGCUGAAUGGAAACAUGCCAAUGAGGAUACUCAAGAAAAGAAAAUUGCUCUCUCAGCUGAGAGGGUUUGGGAAAUUCUAAAACAUAUAACUGAUGAAGAAUGUUUUAUUCUUGGUAUGGAUCCCAAAUUUGCUAGGCCUGACUGGAUGAUUGUAACAGUACUCCCUGUGCCACCUUUAUGUGUGCGGCCAGCUGUAGUAAUGUUUGGUUCAGCAAGAAAUCAGGAUGAUUUGACUCACAAAUUGGCCGAUAUUAUUAAAUCAAAUAAUGAUUUACAGAAAAAUGAAGCAGCUGGUGCAGCUGCUCAUAUUAUCACAGAGAAUAUCAAAAUGUUACAGUUCCAUGUUGCCACAUUAGUUGAUAAUGAUAUGCCUGGAAUGCCAAGGGCCAUGCAAAAAUCUGGAAAACCCCUAAAAGCCAUUAAAGCUAGACUGAAGGGUAAGGAAGGAAGAAUUAGAGGAAAUCUUAUGGGUAAACGUGUUGAUUUCUCUGCACGUACUGUCAUUACACCUGAUCCAAACUUGCGAAUUGAUCAAGUAGGAGUGCCUAGAAGCAUUGCACAAAACAUGACUUUUCCAGAAAUUGUCACACCAUUUAAUUUUGACAAAAUGCUCGAGUUAGUUCAAAGGGGCAAUUCCCAAUAUCCUGGAGCUAAAUAUAUUAUUAGAGAUAAUGGUGAAAGAAUAGAUUUAAGAUUCCAUCCAAAACCAUCAGAUUUACAUCUGCAAUGUGGUUAUAAAGUGGAAAGACACAUCAGAGAUGGUGACUUGGUAAUUUUUAACCGUCAACCUACUCUCCACAAAAUGAGUAUGAUGGGUCACAGGGUCAAAGUGCUUCCUUGGUCAACCUUCCGUAUGAAUCUCUCCUGUACCUCACCCUACAAUGCUGAUUUUGAUGGUGAUGAAAUGAAUUUACACGUUCCUCAAAGUAUGGAAACUAGAGCGGAAGUAGAAAAUAUUCAUAUUACCCCCAGACAGAUUAUUACUCCCCAAGCUAAUAAACCCGUCAUGGGUAUUGUACAGGACACAUUGACAGCUGUCAGAAAAAUGACCAAGAGAGAUGUCUUCAUUGAAAAGGAGCAGAUGAUGAACUUGUUGAUGUUCUUACCUAUUUGGGAUGGUAAAAUGCCUCGCCCUGCAAUCUUAAAACCAAAGCCCUUAUGGACUGGAAAACAAUUGUUCUCUCUUAUCAUUCCGGGAAACGUAAAUAUGAUAAGAACACAUUCAACUCAUCCUGAUGAAGAAGACGAUGGUCCGUACAAGUGGAUAUCUCCAGGAGAUACAAAAGUAAUGGUAGAGCACGGCGAAUUAGUUAUGGGGAUCUUAUGCAAAAAAACACUAGGAACAUCUGCAGGUUCUCUUCUUCACAUUUGUAUGUUGGAAUUGGGACACGAAGUAUGUGGAAGAUUCUAUGGUAACAUCCAAACAGUAAUCAACAACUGGUUGUUACUGGAAGGUCACAGUAUUGGUAUUGGUGACACCAUCGCCGAUCCUCAGACAUAUACUGAAAUUCAGAGGGCGAUCAAAAAGGCCAAAGAGGAUGUAAUAGAGGUUAUUCAAAAAGCUCAUAAUAUGGAAUUGGAACCUACACCCGGUAACACAUUGCGUCAGACUUUCGAGAAUCAAGUAAACAGAAUUUUAAACGACGCUCGUGACAAAACUGGUGGGUCUGCUAAGAAAUCGUUGACUGAAUACAAUAAUUUAAAGGCUAUGGUAGUAUCGGGUUCUAAAGGUUCCAACAUUAACAUUUCUCAGGUUAUUGCCUGUGUAGGUCAACAGAACGUUGAAGGUAAACGUAUUCCAUUUGGCUUCAGAAAACGUACAUUGCCACAUUUCAUCAAGGACGAUUACGGUCCUGAGUCUAGAGGUUUUGUUGAAAAUUCGUAUCUAGCUGGUCUGACACCAUCUGAGUUUUAUUUUCACGCCAUGGGAGGUCGUGAAGGUCUUAUCGAUACUGCUGUAAAAACUGCCGAAACUGGAUACAUUCAGCGUCGUUUAAUAAAGGCUAUGGAGAGUGUUAUGGUACAUUAUGAUGGUACUGUAAGGAAUUCAGUAGGUCAACUCAUUCAGUUGAGAUAUGGAGAGGAUGGUCUUUGUGGAGAAAUGGUAGAAUUUCAGACCUUAUCCACUGUCAAGUUGAGUAACAAAGCUUUUGAAAGAAAGUUUAGAUUUGAUCCCAGCAAUGAACGUUAUCUCCGAAGGGUGUUUAAUGAAGAAGUUAUCAAACAACUUAUGGGAUCUGGAGAAGUAAUCUCCGAACUUGAAAGAGAAUGGGAACAAUUGCAAAAAGAUCGUGAGGCCUUGAGACAAAUCUUCCCUAGUGGUGAAUCCAAAGUCGUACUACCUUGCAAUUUACAAAGGAUGAUUUGGAAUGUACAAAAAAUUUUCCAUAUUAAUAAACGCUCACCAACAGACUUAUCACCCCUUAGAGUAAUACAGGGUGUGCGAACACUUUUAAAGAAAUGCAUUAUUGUAGCAGGAGAGGAUAGGUUAUCAAAGCAAGCUAACGAAAAUGCUACACUUCUAUUCCAAUGUUUAGUACGUUCAACUUUAUGCACAAAAUGUGUGUCUGAAGAAUUCAGAUUGAGCACUGAAGCUUUUGAAUGGUUGAUUGGAGAAAUUGAAACUAGGUUUCAACAAGCACAAGCAAAUCCUGGAGAAAUGGUUGGCGCUAUUGCUGCACAAUCUUUGGGAGAACCUGCUACGCAAAUGACACUUAAUACUUUCCAUUUUGCUGGAGUAUCUUCCAAGAACGUAACUCUUGGUGUACCAAGAUUGAAAGAAAUUAUCAAUAUAUCAAAGAAGCCUAAGGCCCCCUCUUUAACUGUAUUUUUGACUGGUGCUGCUGCUAGGGAUGCUGAGAAAGCCAAGAAUGUCUUGUGCAGGCUGGAACACACAACUCUACGUAAAGUAACUGCAAACACCGCAAUUUAUUAUGAUCCUGACCCGCAAAACACAGUUAUUCCUGAAGAUCAAGAGUUUGUAAACGUCUAUUAUGAAAUGCCUGACUUUGAUCCAACUCGUAUUUCACCUUGGUUACUACGUAUUGAAUUAGAUAGAAAGAGAAUGACAGAUAAGAAACUUACCAUGGAACAAAUAGCAGAAAAAAUUAACGCUGGUUUUGGUGAUGAUUUGAAUUGUAUCUUCAAUGAUGAUAAUGCAGAAAAGUUAGUACUACGUAUCAGAAUUAUGAACAGUGAUGACGGAAAGUUUGGAGAAGGUGCUGAUGAGGAUGUGGAUAAAAUGGACGACGAUAUGUUCCUUAGAUGUAUUGAAGCAAACAUGCUUAGUGACAUGACUUUGCAGGGUAUAGAAGCCAUUUCCAAAGUGUACAUGCAUUUACCCCAAACGGACUCUAAAAAAAGGAUUGUCAUUACUGAUACUGGAGAAUUCAAAGCCAUUGCUGAAUGGUUACUUGAAACUGAUGGUACAAGUAUGAUGAAAGUAUUAUCAGAAAGAGAUGUGGAUCCAGUCAGAACCUUCUCUAAUGACAUAUGUGAAAUAUUUUCGGUAUUGGGAAUUGAAGCUGUGCGAAAAUCCGUUGAAAAAGAAAUGAACGCUGUACUUCAAUUCUACGGUCUGUAUGUAAACUACCGACAUCUUGCUUUACUUUGUGAUGUAAUGACCGCUAAAGGUCACUUGAUGGCUAUCACACGUCACGGUAUAAACAGACAAGAUACAGGAGCUUUGAUGAGAUGUUCUUUUGAAGAAACUGUUGACGUACUCAUGGAUGCUGCAAGUCAUGCUGAAGUAGAUCCUAUGAGAGGUGUAUCUGAGAAUAUUAUCAUGGGUCAGUUGCCUAGAAUGGGAACCGGUUGCUUUGAUCUUUUGUUAGAUGCCGAGAAAUGUAAAAUGGGCAUCCCCAUUCCACAAGCGCAUAGUUCAGAUCUAAUGGCGUCUGGUAUGUUCUUUGGAUCAGCUGCUACCCCUAGCAGCAUGAGCCCCGGAUGCGCUAUGACUCCAUGGGCUGCAGCAAAUACCCCAUAUGUUGGCAGUGCUUGGUCUCCACAAAAUUUAAUGGGCAGUGGUAUGACCCCAGGAGGAGCGGCAUUUUCACCUUCUGCAGCUUCAGAUGCUUCUGGAAUGUCACCAGGUUAUGGCGCCUGGUCUCCAACACCACAAUCACCAGCUAUGUCUCCCUAUAUGGGUUCACCUCACGGACAAUCUCCAUCUUACAGUCCAUCUAGUCCCGCUUUUCUACCUACUUCCCCAUCUAUGACACCUACAUCGCCUAGAUAUUCGCCAAGUUCCCCUGGAUAUUCACCUACAAGUCCUAAUUACAGCCCCACAAGUCCUAGCUACUCUCCUACCUCCCCUAGUUAUUCACCAACAUCUCCAAAUUACAGCCCUACUUCUCCUAGCUACUCUCCUACAUCUCCUAGUUACAGUCCAACUUCGCCUAGUUAUUCACCGACAUCGCCAAGUUACAGUCCAACAUCUCCUAGCUAUUCUCCUACAUCUCCUAGUUACAGUCCAACUUCGCCUAGUUAUUCACCGACAUCGCCAAGUUACAGUCCUACAUCUCCCAGUUAUUCUCCCACUUCUCCAAGUUACAGCCCCACUUCACCAAGUUAUUCACCAACUUCUCCAAGUUACAGUCCCACUUCUCCAAGUUAUAGUCCAACUUCGCCAAGUUAUUCUCCUUCAUCGCCAAGGUACACCCCAGCUUCCCCAAGUUACUCUCCGACAUCUCCGAGUUAUUCUCCUUCCUCGCCUCAAUAUUCUCCAGCUUCCCCAAGUUAUUCUCCAUCAUCUCCAAAAUAUUCACCAACUUCGCCGAAUUAUUCGCCUACUUCUCCGUCGUUCUCUGGUGGCAGCCCACAGUAUUCUCCAACGUCACCAAGCUAUUCACCAACUUCGCCCAGUUACUCUCCAUCGAGUCCACAGCACACUCCGGCUGGUAGUUCACGAUAUUCUCCAUCGUCUCCCAAUUAUUCACCUAGUUCCCCAAGUUAUUCACCAACUUCACCUCAAUAUUCCCCUCACAGUACCAAAUAUUCACCUACUUCACCUACUUACACUCCUACAAGUCCGAGUUAUUCACCUGCCUCACCUGCAUAUUCUCCUCAACCGCCUAGGUAUUCACCUUCUUCACCUAGCUAUUCACCUACUAGUCCCAAUCAGGAUAAUGAUUAGACUAGUUGUGUUUAAUGUGUAAGUUAUAAUACUAUCCUAUAUUUGAUCAUUCGCAGAAAUGUUUUGCUAUAAUCGGCCAUGAAAUCCGUAAACAUUGACGUGCGAUUUAGAAAUAAAUCGAAGUUAAAGAACACAGUAGUAUAUUUAAUAUAACAAAAAUAUUAAAUUAAUUUUUAUCCCAAAACAUUUAUGCGAAAUAAGUCUCUUAAUGUUCAGGUACACUUAAUCUCACUAUAAUGAAAAUUUGGUGAUUUUUGUAAAAUAUGUUUUAAAAAAAAAAGAAAAAAUAUAAUUUUUGAGUUAUCAGUUCAUGUAGCUGAUGGGUUAUUUUCAAGAUAAAUAAGUUUUUGUAUUGACCCUGUUAGUUUCCUGUUUAAAGUAUUAGUGGCAACAGGUUCAAAGAAUUUGUAAAAAGUUAGUAAUCGUUUUUUGUAGUUUAAUAUAUCUUUAAGAUUUUUUUUGGGUAAUUUAUUACUUUUUACUUUUAAUAGGUCUUUUCCUUUGCAUCGAAAGUGUAGCACUGAUCUACACCACUUCUGAAAAUAUCGUUCCAUUUAUACAAAUUGUAUGGAUGGAACGAUAUUUUCAGAAGUGGUGUAGCUCAUUGCUACACUUUCAAUGCAAAGGAAAAGACCUAUUAUUACCUAUUUUAUCAAUCAGAAAGAGGCGUUUUCUGAAUGACUGAAUGCUGUAUGUAUUUGUAUAAUGCUACAGUACAAAGAAAAGUUGUAUAGGUAUGAAAGUAUUUUUUAUUAUAUGUAUAUGUUAAUUCUUUAAUAAAUUUUUACAAAAAAA